UCAGAAAUUCUCAAAUCGAAGAAAUUGAUGAUAUUCAGGAUGUGAAUUCUUUAUAUGUCCAGCCUAUGCAAUCCAAUUUAAAUAAUCAAAACUCUCACCAAAUUAUUCACUAUACAAAUCCUCGACAUGUCCAGCCUUUGCAAUCCAAUAUCAAUAAUCAAAAUCCACAACAAAUUGUUUGCAAAAACAAUUUACAAAGUGAAUGCUUACAACAAAUUGUUUCCCAAAAUCAA